AUGACCUCCCGCACAACCCCUCCCCUCCUCGAGCCGUACCUCCUCGGCCCGCACAACGACAAUGCCAACGACAACGACGCACCCACAGCAGCCCUGGUGCUGGUAACGGGCGUCAUCGGCGCCUCAACCAACUGGCUCGUCCUGCGCCAGCUGCACUCGCUGCUCAAGCCGGCCCCACCACCAUCAUCAUCAUCCUCAUCGGCGGCUACAACCACAGAAUCUUCCGCCGAAAAUGGAGGAGCAGGAGGAAAGGGGUGGAUGCGGACUUUGACGGCUUCUUCUAUUACUAGUCAUGGAAAUGAGAUUGGGAUUGGGUCUGCCGUCACGGUUAUGCAGGAUCUGAGCAGGGUGGUGGGGGAAGUGUUGGAGUUGCUUAGAAAGGGGGCGUCUUCCUCAGGUUCUGGUGUGGAUGGGAACGGGGAGGGGAAGGAGAAGAAAGUGGUUCUCGUCAUUGAUGGUCUGGACUUCUUGCUGGCUGUUGCUGCGCCUGCAGGCUCAGACUCUCAGAGCGACUCACCCCCCGCUGUUGUGGUGAGGGAUGCGUUGAUGGAUUUGAGAGAGCAAACGGACGCUGCCGUCGUCACAUUGGCUGCUGACGACCCCCUUAUCAAGGAGCAACAGACCACUCUCGAAAAGAAUCAUGCCUGGCUGGCACUGAGCUUAGCACAUGAGGCGGAUACAGUGCUUAGCCUGAGGUUACUGGACACCGGCACCGCAAAGGAUGUAAGCGGCGUCAUCAGAAUCACGCAUGGAGGAGGGAAUCUCGACACAAAAGACCACGAGUAUCUGUACCAUGUCGCGGGCGACGGUGGUGUUCGAGUAUUCGAACGAGGCCAGUAAUAGACGAUUGAUACCCCAGUAAUUCCAAGUCACAUUCUUGGGCUCCGCGUCACGCUGGAGCUUGGGCCUUUUGACCGGCUGAUCUAAAGUCUUCGACGCAUGUCGAAGAAGACUUCCGCCUCGGCCCCUCAUACAGACUCCGCAGCAUGAAGCGAGAAAUGUGCCUGGUUCGCAAACGUUACGCCGUUUUUCAUGACCGUUGCUGCAUGCUUAGACCGUUGAACCUAGUCCCGCGUGAAAUCAUCCCAUUUGUGAUGUAGCAGCAAAAAGCGAGAAGGUCCGUCCGAAAAGUGUCCAGCCCCUAUUACACCGCUCGCCGAAAACGACCCGUCCCAUCGUCCACGCCCCCGUCUGCCAAGACAACCCUUUAUGAAGAAGAAACCUUAGGUCCGUGGGCGUCCUUGGGUACGCCAGUCCGGAAGCCGUUCCUGAA